UAUACAUUACUCCGGGUCAAUCGCUUUACCCAAAGGUUAUAAAAAGAAAAUUAUAUUUUCUUCAUGUUUAACAUCCCUUUUCAUUCUGGCCCACUUACGUAUAACACCUAUUGUUCAACAGCUUUUAAAAGAAAAACAAGAAAUAGUCAUUAGUGAAUAGGAUUUAGGUCACUAUGCAUUGAUUGCAUCGCAACCGGGUAUACAGUGUGUUAUCGGGCCUGUUCCAGCAUAUACCGGUUAGCUGUCGCAGAGAGAAGGUGUUGGCUUGAGUUCAGGAGGAUGGAAGUUCCUGAGAUCGAUGAUCCUGAAAGUACUUCUUCGUCCAUUUCAGAGGAUAUUGAAACACUUUCUCAAGCGCUUUCCGAUUCUAACCUACAAACCAAAGGAGAUUUAAACCAAGACACCAUGACGACAAUCGAAGAAUCUGUGGAUCAUGAACGAGCUUCUUUGCAAAACGAAAACUACUCAGUAAGUAAAGGCGAGAGUGAAGAACAUGAGGAAAUUAAUGAUUUUCUUCAUCGAGAAGGGAACAGCGAUAUCGAUGAAUAUUCAAAUGUGCAUCCAAAUGAAUUGAUAGUUCUUGGAAAUGAUGGGACUGAGUUGGAAGGUUUAGAAAGUACUAAUAAUCCUCAGGACGAAAAUGAAGAUUUUUUUGCAAGUACACCUCCAAUGAUGUACAUGGAAUCCAGCAACAGGUUAAAACAUGUGGAAAAUCUACCGAAUCUUGUGAACUCUUCAGGAAAUGAAGAGGAGCUUGAAACGCAUGAAGACUUGAAUAUUCUCGGAAAUGGUAGAAAUAUAAGUGAGGAUGUACAAAGUGUUAAAAGUCUUCGGCAGGAGGAAGGAGUUAAAUUCCCAAGGACGCCUUCCGUGGCGUCUGUAAAUCCAGAUAUGCCUCCCUUGAAUCUUGAAAAUCCAGUAACUCUAGUUGAGUCAGAAACUCAGAAUAAUAUUGAUGCAGAUGAAGCAAAGGAAGGAAAUGAGGAGAGUCCUCAAGCAGAUGAAGGAGAUAUGGUUGCAAGAACAUCACCUUCGUUGUCUGUGUUACCUGGGAAUGAGAAUGCAGAUAAUGAAGUAACUCCCAUAAAUCUUGAAAACUCAACAUAUGCAAAUGAUGAUAAAAAUGAAGACCAAACUACAUCUCCAUUUUACUUUUACCAGAAAAAGAGAUCUGAAAUGGAUUACUUCAAUAUGCAACCAAUAAAUGCUUUAGAAAGUUAUCAAACCUUGGAAGAAAGUAAUCAAAAUGAAAAAGAGCUUCCAGGGGAUGAAGAGGUAGAAGAAGAGGAAGUUAAAUCUGCAGAAAUACAAGAAGAGGAAAUCCAAGCUGCAGAAACAAUAGAAGAAGAGGAAGUUCAAUUUGCAGAGGUACAAGAUGACAUAGAAAUUCAAGCUUCAGAGGCAUUGCAAGAAGAGGAAGAACCUAUAUCAGCAGAGGAACCUUUCAUGAAGACUGCAGGUGAUGUAAGUAAAAGAAUACAGUCCGAUAGAAACCUUCCUGAAGUGUACUUUACUGUAGGAUACAAGAAUCAGUUUAGUGAAGUUGUGGAGAAGCCAUACACAUCCUUCUACAGGGAUCAACUUCCAUAUGUUGCUGAGGACAAUAUUCAUUAUUUUAAGUAUAAAGGAACUAAAGUCUGGGACAAAAUUGAAGGCUUUGAUCAUGUAUUUUGCAGUAUUGGGACUGAUGUCGAGAUUGAGGAAAAAAUAAAUGAAAUUGAAGAAUAUUUAGCAAAAAGAGCACUUUCCUUUACUCCCAAUGAUGAAGAAAAUGAAGAAGACAAUUUUGUCCUUUUGGGAGGUGGCAGCUAUGGUUCAGGGUUGGCGGACAGUUUUUCAGCCUCAAGUAAACCCAAAGCCACACACUUCCUGUGCAUAAAAGUGAAGAACGACCAAGUGAAAUCUAUAGCUGCAAAGGUAAAAGAAUAUUUGCUAAAUAAGGAGCCAGAUCUUUAUAAGUGUACAUUGCCUAAUGAACGUUUACAUGUCACUCUUGCCAGGGUCCAAUGCAGUUCUCAAGAUGCAAUCAUUGAAGUUAACAACAUGCUAAGAGGUCUGCGACCACGAAUUCAAGACCUUGUUGGUAGUUCUGAAUUUGAAAAUCCCCAGCGUUUUAUACGAGCUCAAGGAUUAUCAACUUUUGGUGAUCAAGUAUUGUAUGUUAAACUUGAUGUUCCAGCAGCCUUCAUUUCUGUUACUGAGAGGCUUCAGGAGUCUCUCUCUCGUAUCAAGAAUGUUAUUGUCACCAACCACUUUGGGUCUAUGCCUCAUAUGACUCUCUUGAAAGUGGAUCAUGCAACUGCCCGAAAAAGGGGGUUUAAAAACUUUGAUUCCAGUCUCUACAAAGACUAUGUUAAUCAAGAAUUUGGAAUGAUUACAUUUGAUAACAUUCACUUCUGCCUCAUUGAUGAUAUAAGGGAUCAGGAUGGGUUUUACAUCACAAGCAAGAAAAUUGAGUUUUAAUGGUAUGAAAAAAUAUGAAGAAUAUCAGCCAUAUUUACUUAUUAAGUACAAAUGAAUCUGUUGCACAUGAAUAUAUUGUCACUAUAAAUCAUUCAUGCUACAUAAUUAUGAUAUGUAUUAUUACAUAAAAUGUAUCUGAUUCUCCAAUUUUGUCACAUAAGCAUUUAAAAAAUGUAUAAAAAUUAGAAUACUUAUAUGAAGUAUUUAUAAAUGUUCACUUAGAUGCCUGUUUAUUCAUACGUUUGAAAGGACUGCACAUGGAUUGAUGUUUGUACACCUUGGUUCUGCAACUACACAAAUCUCAAAAUGAUUGAGGCUUUGUUCAUUCAGUGUGAAUUUAAUCAUGUAGUAUCAGAGGAAGCUGUAAAGACAGGGCAGUAUGUACCUGGUACAUGAUUCUACAUCUCCCUCUACUUACAAAGUAUUCUCUGAUAUUCAGUAUUUCCUCUACUUUCAAAGUAUUUGCUGAUAUUCUGUAUUCCCUCAACUUAAAAGUAUUUUCUGAUAUUCUGUAUUUGAAAUCACUCAUUCCAAAGGUGUGUGUACUAUGACAACAGGUCUAUCACAACUAAUAAACAAUAAU